AUGGCAAGUGCGGCAGCGUCGGCGGCGGCGACUCCCGGCAGGAUGUCAAGUGACGCAGCAGGAUCCGACGAUGAGUGGGAAGUUAUCCUGCAGGAUCCGGCUGAAGCAGUGAGACAGCUGGACUUCAAGUUGACGUCCUUGCAAGACUUCAGCAGCAAGGCCUCUCAGGUUCUUCAGUCGUGGUAUGACAGGUGCAGUGUGGAGGACACUCUCCAGCUUUGUCCUGAAUUGGACAAGGUCGCUGAGGUCUGCGGUCAGGAAGAUCGCCUCAUCGUGGCCGGCAAAGGCAAUGUCGGGAAAAGCAGCAUCGUGAAUGCUUUGCUCGGUGAGAUGUUCUGGCCAGUUGCACGCUGCUGCCUGACUUCGCGCAUCUGUGAAACCCGUUACGGUGAUGAGAAAGCCUAUGCUCCACGAGAUGGCGAACGUUCCGUGCAGUGCCAAAAGGUACCCAAGGAAGCGGUUCACAAGAGUAGAGCCACAGAGCACAGUGAGUUCCUAGCCAUGGCCAGAAGUCCUUUACGGGCUUGGGCGCCUUGCGAACUCUUGAAGUCCAGAGUGGUUCUGGUAGAUUUGCCGGGUCUGGAUCAGGAGCCGGAAUACGUGGAAGCCUUCCAGACUUACACCAAAGAAAACUCUCGUGAAGGCGUCGUGCUACUCUACGUGCUGGAUGUCAAUAGCAAGCUUUGCGAGUCAGACCGCCGCUUCUUUACACAGCUCAUGAAAUCUGCCUGGGCGCCACUCUCGCAGGGUCUCCUCAUCCUGGCGAACAAGUGUGACGUGCUUCAGGACCAGGACUCAGCAGAGGAGGAGCCACCCGAUCCCAAGUCAUACAUAGAAUUCCUGUUGUUCGACCUUGCUUUUACCCUAGAUUACGAUGAGCUGAUCAACGACAUCAAGGUGGACGCAGGGAACUACUGCACCCCGAAGGUAAUGCGCCUUUCCAUGAAGGAUAGGAAGGCCAGCGUACAGCAAGCAUUGUCAGACUGGGACAAGAUCCAGCUUGAGGUGACUAAGGCUUUGAGUACAAAGAAGUCCUAUCGUUUGCAGCAAAGCUUGAGUGCCAUCAGCCAGGUGAUGUGGCGCCUGGAAACAAAGAUGAGCGAAGUAGAAGUUCAGCUUGCCAGGCGUCGGGAGUAUGAGGCUUCGUUAGCCGGGGCCAGAUGCGGUCUUGACAGAGUUGCGCGGGACGCAGCAAGGCAAGUGCAGCUAAUUGCCGAAGAGCUCCGCGUGAUGCAUGAAGAUAGGAAGGAGGAACAUCUCCGUGCAUUGCUGAGAGGUGAGCUACCUCAUUGGGGACAGACCGUGUCGGGCCCUCAGCUCGCAGACGUCCGCCGAGCAAUUGCGGAGAGGCUCGAGGGCAUGGUCGCCAACGACAUGUUUGCACGAGUGGAACUGUCCUCUGCCUUGUCCAUGCUCUGGGAGAUCAUGGGAUCGUUUUCUCUCUCUGACUGGAUCCGGGGGGCCCCAGCGAGUGUGUCGCUUGUGGGGUCACUUGCGUCGGCGCUAGCAGCAGCGGCUGCAUCGAAAGUUUUUGCGUUAUUUGGUGGACCAAUGCUCGCAUUUGAGAUCAACGAGGCAUUUGUAACACAAGAAGUUGAUGCCUACUACAACGACAUCCUGAGCCGGGUGGAAGAAGAUGCAAUGAGGGAGUAUCAGGGCCUGCUGAGCAGCGCUUGUGCCGAAGUGGAAACGCAGGAACGCUUGUUAGGAUCCCUCAAAGCUGCAGAUCUGCAAGAACUGGUCAACGAGGGGUUCACAUCCACCUUCUCAGAGCUUGGUGCAGAAUACCAAGCAGUGUCCCGGCAGUGUCAGGUGACACUUGACGAU